CUGUGAGUCACGGCACCCAGGAGGGCAGCGGCAGCUCCACUCACCCCAGCACCCGGCUGCACCGUGGGAAGGAGUCCUUCCCCUCGCCAUGGCUUCCCUGGGGCAGAUCAUCUUCUGGAGCAUUAUUAGCAUCAUCAUUAUUCUGGCUGGAGCAAUUGCACUCAUCAUUGGCUUUGGUAUUUCAGGGAGACACUCCAUCACGGUCACUACUCUCACCUCGGCUGGGAACAUUGGGGAGGAUGGAAUCCUGAGCUGCACUUUUGAACCUGACAUCAAACUUUCUGAUAUCGUGAUACAAUGGCUAAAGGAAGGUGUUAUGGGCUUGGUCCAUGAGUUCAAAGAAGGCAAAGACAACCUGUCAGACCAGGAUGAAAUGUUCAGAGGCCGGACAGCAGUGUUUGCUGAUCAAGUGAUAGUUGGCAAUGCCUCUCUGAGGCUGAAAAACGUGCGACUCACAGAUGCUGGCACCUACAAAUGUUACAUCAUCACUUCUAAAGGCAAGGGGAAUGCUAACCUUGAGUAUAAAACUGGAGCCUUCAGCAUGCCAGAGGUGAAUGUGGACUAUAAUGCCAGUUCAGAGAGCUUGCGGUGUGAGGCUCCCCGAUGGUUCCCCCAGCCCACAGUGGUCUGGGCAUCCCAAGUAGACCAGGGAGCCAAUUUCUCAGAAGUCUCCAAUACCAGCUUUGAGCUGAACUCUGAAAAUGUGACCAUGAAGGUUGUCUCUGUGCUCUACAAUGUCACGAUCAACAACACAUACUCCUGUAUGAUUGAAAACGACAUUGCCAAAGCCACAGGGGAUAUUAAAGUGACAGACUCUGAGAUCAAAAGGCGGAGUCACCUACAGCUACUGAACUCAAAGGCUACCCUGUGUGCCUCUUCUUUCUUUGCCAUCAGCUGGGUACUCCUACCACUCUCCCCUUACCUGAUGCUAAAAUAAUGUGCCUUGGCCACACAUGAACAUGCAAAGUCAUUGGUAGAACAGGAAUCUACAGAACUAUUUCACCACAAGAUAUGACCUAGUUUCAUAUUUCUGGGGGGAAAUGAAUUCAUGUCUAGAGGUAUGGAGUGAACAAACAAGAACAAGAAACAGAAAGAAGCCAAAAGCAACUCACAGAAGACUCCAUAUGGAUAAGAUAAUCUAUCUCCAAAGACAUAUAUUAAAAGUUUAGAAAAAUAUUCCAUCUGAAAUAGAGAAGUAUGUCAGGCCUGCUAAGUGAAGUGCAUGUGCAGACAAGUGCAUACCCAUAUCCCAGGGACCUCCCCUUACCCAUCACCUCCUGGGGAGCUAAAGGAUGGGAUACUGCAUCUCCCUUAUCUCCAAAUACUUGUUAUAUGUGCUGUAAUGUGGAUCUGAGGAAGUUUCUGAAAAGUUUCUAUUAAAAUAUAUCCAUGUCUUAUAUUCCACAAAUUAAACUAUAGCAUAUGCUGUAAGAACCUGCUAAUCAGCUGCCACUUCACACCUCUGAGGUAGCUGCAUCUUAGUGAUGGGUCAAAUGAUUCACUUUUCAUUAUGACGCUUCCAAAAGUGUCUUGGCUUCUCCUCCCACCUGACGAAUGCCAAAGACAUGUGAAAAAUCAUAAUUUUAGUGUAAACAAAGUAAUUGGGUUUUUCUAAAUAAUCCGAGUACCUUCUUUUU